AUGGAAGCAUUUCAUAACGGGGCCACACAUGCACAGGUGCGUGUUCAGACGUCUGCCUCCGGAGUGCGUCUGGCAGCUGCGCACUCCUACCCGCCAGGCCACAGGUUGCUGCUGCUGCCAAACCCACCCCUCAGACUCACCCCUAAACGCACCUCAUUUAGUUGUAGUCGUACCUCUGUAGUGGGCGGUGCUGUGCCUGGGGAUUUCGUGGUGGUAGCGAGUGGUCCCUCUGUGCCCUGGUUGAGCGAGUUUUCGGGUCGUUUGCGUGGCGAGUUUAAGGCUGCCGAGAUGGUGCUGCUGAGGAAAUGCUGUUGCUGUUGCCUCGGUCUGCGAGCUGGGUCUCUGGCCAUCGGGAUCAUUUCUCUGCUGGCCGUCGGCGUCGUGGAGUUCGUGGUGGCCAUCUACUGCCUCUUGAACAUAGCGGAGACGAAGAAAAGAAUUAAGUUCGAAAAUGCUGUUACGUUCGGGAUCGUCGACCCUGAUUCGGAUGCGGCCGCUUAUAUUUUCCUGUCGAUCCUGCUGUUGGUCGCCACGAUUUACAUCAUCGUGUCGCUCAUGUUAAUUCACGGUGCUAGAACGAAACGGCGGUUCCUCCUGCUGCCUUGGGUGUUCUUCACGUUCCUGAACAUGGUCAUGGCUUUCUCCGGCGGGAUCCUCGUCCUCAUAAACUCGCACGGAUACGCGGCCAACAUCAUCGUCGGCUUCAUCGUCCUAGCCAUCAGUAUGACGUGGAUAUACUUCUCCUGCGUCGUCUUCAGCUUCUUCCAGGCUCUCCAGGACGGCGAAUACUGGUGAUGGCGUCAAGGGGCGGGGGAAGGGAGAGGCGAGGGAGGACCUUUGGAAUAGGGGGCCUUGUUGUUUUUUCUUCUUGUUCUUGUUUUCUCUUUUUGUUUUGGGUCUUGGUCUAUCUUUUUUUUUUUUUUUUUUUUUUUUUUUUUUUUUUUUUUUGGGGGGGGGGGGGGUUGUUUACUCUUCUUUUCUUCUUUUAUUUUGGGUCUUGUUUUCUCUCUUUUUCUUCUUUUAUUUCGGGUUCUGUUUUCUCUCUUUUUCUUUUUUUAUCAUUAUUAUUAUGAUGAGGAGGAUUAUUUUGAAUUCUGUGGAAUUAAAAUUCUCUCGAAUGUUUUAUUUUGAGUUUUUUUUUUCUCUCUCGUUCUUUUUCUGUUCGUCAAAGAGAUUAUUUUUCUUUUCUUUUCUUUUAAAUCUUUCUCUUCCAUUAUUUUUUUUUGCCUCUACAAGUGAAGAUACCGUGUAAGACUUUCAUUCAUUGACAUAAAGACAUCAAUUAAUGGAAUGCAUAGUUUUAUAGUCAGAUUCAUAUCCACCUUUGUUGAAUGUGUUGGAAAAAAAAAAUAUAUAUAUAUAUUAUCCACAGUUAUAUCGGGCGCGAGAGGAAGCGAAAGAAAAUGUUAUCUUUAAGAAUUUCGAAAUAUAUUGAUCUCUCGAAUGGUUAGUUAUAAGAUACAGCACAAAUUCUCUGUAGUUUGUUCGAGAUAUCACGUGGAGUCACAGUCCUAAUCAUGAUGGAUUUUUUGAUGCAUAAUUUUGCAAUGAACUGGUUUUAAGCAACAUGUGUAUUGGGGGAAAAAAGAUAAUUUGCAUUGUGCAGAAUCUUGGUUUAUUUGCCGAAACAAAAGCACUGAUGAAAUUGACUGUGUAUGUGCCAAAAUAUUGUCGUUGUAAAAUGAUAAACCAGUUUAUUGUUAAAAAACGAAUUGAAGAAAAAUAAAUCUCAUAUUAUUGUUGUGUAAUUUUAAAACGAUAAAAAAAUAUUCUGCAGGAAAAUGCAGUGGCCUUCUUUAUACAUACUAAAUAUUUUUUUACAAAUGCAGUUUAGCAACAAAUCUUCUCGAGCUUAAUUUACAAUCAGUUCAGUAAACAGCAUGAAGAUGUAUUUAAAAUAUAUCAUUUAUGAAUAUAGCUGAUAUUUCUGUCAUAUAAAGAGUGAUUAAUUGAUAUAAGAACAUUUUUUUUUUUUUUUUUUUUUCUUGUGGACCAGUCACUAACAUGGGACGAUUUUUGCGUGUUGAAAGAUUUAAAUAAUAUUAAUCCUAUCUUUUCAUUAAUAAGUCCAUGUCUGCUUGCGUGUUGUUAACAUUUUGUGUUUGUAAUAACGUCAUUAAUUCUGAUAUGAUUAUUAGAUCAGAGUGUAAUACUACGUAUACACAACCCGAUAAAAUACCAUCAAUUUCUUCAAUAAACAUCUAGUCUCAUAAAAGUAACUGAUCCACAAGGGGUUUCUAAGCAUCUAUAUGAUUUCGAUGCACUAAUAAUUCAGAAAUUUAUACAUAUAUAUAUAAUAUAUUUCUCAUACCUCAGUAUAUGUAAGCACGUCUUGUACAUCGUGUAUACUGAAGAGAAGCAUAGUCGUCAGUGGCUGCUAAACAGUGCCUGUUCCUGGUACUAAAUGUCUUCGUUAUAGAUUCAUUUUCGUCUCACCAGUGUCGUCAUGUCGGAUUUUUUUUUCUUUCUUUUUUUGUCUAACUCAUCUUAGUGGAAAUUUGUUUGUUUGUUUGUUUGUUACUGCAGCGUUAUUUAUUUCCGGGGGAAAAAAAUAUCAACCCAUUUCAUCACUAUAGACUUUUUUUUUUUUUUUUUACUUUCGUUUUUUUUUCUUUCUUUUGUUUUCGUUUUCUUUUCUUUUCUUUUUUUAGGUGAUUGAAGGUUUUUGUUGUGCAUUUCUUGAACGGGACCAGUUCUGGUUUCGACUCCAAGGGGUGUUCGUCCGGUUUCCAUUAGUUUCUGUGGGAUCACUGUACUGUAUUUACGCUUUAUUUCAUGAUAUUUUGCUGUUGAAGGAAGUAUAUAAUUAAUAGAUAUUUGACAUAUAUAUAUAUAUAUAUAUAUAUAUAUAUAUAUAUAUAUAUAUAUAUAUAUAUAUAUAUAUAUAUAUAUAUAUAUAUAUAUAUAUAUAUAUCGAAUUAUUUGUAUAUAUAUAGUAUGUAUGACAAGCUGACGGAAUUAAACAGUGCCGAUAUAUAUAAUAAACAAUGACUGUUUU